AUGAUUCUGGAUCUCCGGACACCCAUGUCACCGGUUAUUAGCCACUUCCCCAAUCUGGGCACGAAAUACAAUGCUGCCCAAUGCUGUCUCGAAAAUAGGAAACAUGUGGCACGCCUGGCAGAAAAAGGUGGAACCCCGAUUCAUAUAGUUGAUAUUCCGAAAGCAAGCUUGCGAGCAGUGUCAGUUGAAAUCGACUUUCUAAUCCAAGGUUGGAAGAGGGGGCCGCACGCACAGCGCGUUGGAAAGAAUGAAGCUUCCAUCAGUACGCACCCAGCCAAGCGAGAAAGCGACACUAGUCAUCCACUUAUUUUCAAGAUGGGGCUAGGAUGCGGUGUAAUGAAGAACCGUCUUGGUGACAGCAGAGAAGAACCAGGGGACCGCAGACUCUCGACACUUUGCAAAGCUGGCAACGCCCGACCAGACAAAGAUCAUCUUGGGGCCUUUAGCCUGCGGUAG